AUGACCCCUCCGUCGAGUUUGUCCUCACCGAAAAAGCCAAAGAGUCCUCGCCGCCAGUCCUCCAAACAGUUUACACUGGCCGAGCAUCCAAAGCCUUAUCCCGGUGCCCUGCCUGUUUCUCCGACCAUCCAAUCUCGACCGCUUCGACAAGUGAAUGGGGGCUCGUCGAGCAGACAGAUGGCGGGAUCAGGGACGUUCCUGGCAGAAUCGCCGCCCAUGGACCAUGUCCACGAUAACGACGAAAUCGAGGACCCCCAUGAUCUAUCCUUCUCCAGCAAUCACAUCUUGCGCGCCUCUAUGGUCGAUAACCUAGUAAUGUCGCUCGACCAGUUCUCCGGCAAUGUGUUCGGCGACGCCCCAUAUACACCGCGUAGCAACAGUUACGACACAAAUGCGAGGAUGCGGAAAAGAGGACAUACAUUUUCUUCUUCGACGUCUUCGGAGAAUGAUGUCCAACAUAUAAGAUCUAUGCCCCAGAUGCCCCAGACUAUCUCUCGAGUUCCUGUACGCAACAGCGUGAGAUAUCAGAAAGAUCUGCAGAAACUGCCUAGCAUAUUUGGAGAAGAUGAGGAUUCGGUGCGCGCAAAGGUCUAUGAUGCACAAAGAGCAACUCAACCUCGUCACCCCAGGAGGAAAAAGAACGUUUCUGGUGGCGGUAAAAGCACGAACAGCAGUGCUUCUUCGAGCAUUGACCUCGGCCAUCUGGCCAGUCUCACAGGCCGAUUAGGAGGCCCUGGAAACAGACGAUCCCGGAGCUUCGAUUUCGGCGCCAGACCACGAGAUUUACGCACCAGCAAAACUCUCGUAGGUGCUGACGGAGCACCGACUCCGGUGAUAUUUUCGGGCCCAGAGGCUCAAAGCGCGAUACCAGUAGUAUCCACUGGCUCAUCUCUUCUGCGGAAGAACAGUACCAAAUCCUCCAAAAGCGCGUAUGUAAAGAAAGGCCGAGCGGGAGCACUAGCAUCCAGCGCUGCCAGAAACGAAUCUGUCCCCCAAUUACCUUCGAUGAAGAGUGUACCGAGCUUCAACACAACGGAACCAAAGGCGAACAUGGGAUCUCUUCAUGAGGCAAUUGCAGCACCAAGGCCUGGCUUCUUUCGGCGUGUUUUUGGCUCCUCUAAGAACCCUACUGUGAAUACUGAAGCAACUCCGGCACCCAAUGUGCUUACCAAGUCACAGCAUGGGCGAGCGACUCCAGUACAGGACGACAAUCCGCAUCCUCCCACGACACCGCCUGGCAAAACGCAAAAACCCGUUCGGCGGACGUCCACCGAGGCUUCAACAAACAAGGAGAACCAGCCAGUGAUCACCAAGAAGUCUUCUGCAUUUUUCCGCCGAAGGAAGAAAUCAGCCUCAAGUGCGGUCCCACCGCCGCUUCCUUUGACCUUGAACUCGGACUUGCCUUCGGAAAACGAGCCUGUGGAGGGAACAAGUCCAGUGAGCAGCCUGAGAGCGUUCAUGGAUCCUUAUCUGGUCGACCCUCCAUCCUCGACAGGACACGCUCAUCCUCGUGGCCAUAGUCGGGGCCAUAGUCGAACUAGCUCAAUGCAAGGCUUCUAUACUCCAACUCUACCACCCCCAGGGUUUGGCUUGUCGAGUCAGGCUGCCAGUCGACCCAGGGUAGGAGGUCAUAGCCGAUCGGAAUCCCACGGUAGUGGCAAGACGUUAAAAUCGAACCCUAAACAGGUCUCGACUCUUCGUAUUCCUCAUCAGGACUCUUUCCUGGCAGACAGCAGCAGUGCCGAAGAGCCAAUGAAGCGUUCUCCAUUUGAUGGGGGUCACCAUUCCGAUAAUGAGCGACCUCCGCUACAAUACCGGAGCAGCGUGAGUGACUUGAAACUAGAACACACGCCGUCCGCGACCUCGUUACCCAGCCCCUUGUCUGAUCCAAGGACUGCAACCACGCGACAAGGGUCGUGGAAGUCAGAAAAAGUCUCGCCUGCGCCUUCCAUGAUUGCGGCUCCAACACCAAGCUCGCAAAAUGCUGAGUACGGGAAUAAAUCGACAUCGGCUAGGCGCCAAAACACUUUGGAGGUUGCCCGGAAAGGGACCAAGGGUUCUCCAUUCGCAUCAACAUCUGAUGUAAGUGAGUAUAGAUCAGCACCAAGCACGCCCUUGAUCAUUGAGACUCCCGAUGGUGAGAUCGCAUCACCUUUCAGCUCCGGGCCGCCAAGCGACUCUCGGACUGGUCUUCAACCAGACCAUAAAAGGAGAGCCCGACAGAUUUUUGACAAUACGGACGAUGAUGUCGAUCCUUCUUCUGCGGGAGCUUGGCUGGGAGACGCCGGAGUUGAAAGAGAGUAUGUGCGGAAAGCAUAUAUGGAGCUCUUCGAUUGGAAGGAUCAGAAUAUCCUGGAUUCCCUUCGAGGUCUUUGUGACAGGAUCAUUCUCAGAGGUGAGACCCAGCAAAUGGACCGGAUAAUGGAUGCCUUUGCCCAGCGAUGGUGCGAAUGUAACAUCUCGCAUACAUUUAAAUCAAUAGAUGUGGUGCAUACAAUCUGUUAUUCAAUCCUACUUCUAAAUACAGACCUUCAUCUAGCGGACAUUGAUCAGAAGAUGACGAAGGCUCAAUUCGUGCGCAACACGCUUCCUACGAUCAAACGCGUUGCGCAGGGAUCCGAGGCCGAGAGAACGCUGCGAGGUCCGAAGCGGACGAACGGUUCGUCGAAUGACGAUAUAAAUGGUGCCACGUUAGAGUCGAGGCGGUCUGUAGAUCCGCCGUCCCACGAGGGAGCACAGCCUUUUGAAUCUAGCGAAUCUGCUACAGACGCCGGACAAGGGAGAAGCUGGGAACUGCAAAUCGAGGCCGUCCUAAGGUCUUUCUAUAACUCGAUCGCGCAAGAGCCUUUGCCCUUGUUCGGCGCUCAGACCGAAGCAAACACACAGGCUCACCAAUCUACGAACUUCUUGACCAUCGGGAGCACGAUGCUACGCCGAACACCUAGCGUGCUUAGCAAGGCACACUCUGACACUAAUCGGGGUCGAUACGCCGGAGAGAGCAAGUCACUCGGCGCCCGGUUCAUCACGAAGACGCGGUCGAGACCGCGACUGCCCUCGGCUCCCGGCUUUGCUUCUAGUAGAACCAGUAUCGACGAGCAAUCAUCGGCCUGGAGUCCGUCAAUGUCGAGCACGUGGAGUAAGGCAUCUCUGGGAAAGACGCUGACGUCAAUGUCGGUCGACUCUUUCGGCACAGAAGCUACUCAUGCGGAUUAUCAAUCGUCCAUCGGCUUUGCGAAUGCCUUGAGUCAAGCGAUCAUUCGAGAAGACCAACUGGAUUUGCCGAUUGAAGACGGGUCCAAAGGCGGUUCUCUUCUUGAGGAUGAGUCGCUUGAGCUUUGUGGUGCUCCAUGGGCCAAGGAAGGCAUUGUGAAGCACAAGUGCCAUCUUGAAACCGUUGACAAGAGAUCCAAGGACAGAAACUGGAAUGACUGCUUUGCGGUAAUAGAGAAAGGUUACAUGAGACUUUUCUCCUUCUCCAUGACGGCGAAGUCUCUGAGGAACAAGGCACGGGCUCCCAAAGUUCCAGUUGUCGUGGGUGGCGGUAACUGGCAGGACAAUGCUGAAGAAUUGUGGAAGUUUACCCUUCGACACACGAUUGCCAGUUCGCUCCCACCCCCUGGAUACUCAAAGGCCCGACCCUUUGUAUGGGCGCUCAGUUUGCCGACGGGCGCGGUUCAUCUUUUCUCGGUCGGCACACCUGAUAUUGUGAAGGAGUUUGUCUCUACCGCCAACUACUGGAGUGCUAGACUGUCGAAAGAGCCGAUGAUGGGUGGUAUCAGCAACAUGGAGUAUGGCUGGAGUGAUGCCGUGGUCAAUCGCGCAUUGGCGUCGUCAGAGCAUCAAUCCGGACGUAAUGCGGCAAUGAGUCCGCGCCCCAGCACACAAAUGUCAAUGCGGAGCUCCAUGGACCAUGUUGGUGGUGUCCGGCCCAAGCUUCCUGGGGAUAAGGCCCAUAUCAGCGAGUGGGCGCCGCCUCAACAAUCCAUGUUUGCAUCCCAAUUGAUGGAAGUGGACCAGCUUCGAGCACUACAGACAUAUGUCUCCAACGUGGAGGAAGAGUUACAAAAGCACAACGAACUGCGAGGACUCAUGCUUCUGGCAUUCACCGUCAAGCACCCUAAUUCAACAAAAGCGAUGAACAACUGGGAGCGGAAGAGCAGUUACUUGCUCCGAGAAAUUGUCAAGUUCCGCACGUACAUUGAUACCUUGCAGAAUGCGCAGAUGACGAAGGACAAGAUUUAUCGGAUGAGAAAGGAGGAGGAAAGGGUACAGCGUGCGGCAAUGGACUCUAGGAACCAGACCGUGAAUGCUAUUCCGGGGUAA